AUGGAACGGGAAUCGUGGGCCGAAGUCCAGCUGGCAGCGAGCGUCGAAGUCGUGGCGUUGAGCUUUGAACUUGCCGUCCAAAUUUUCGCCGAGACUAUCCUGGUGGAAGCGAAGGGGUGCCAGGGGAGCACUCAGCUAAUUCUCGAGCGGGUCGUGAUCGACUUUCCUCUGAGGUACAAGGGAAUGAAAGGAGGAGAGCGCACCGUGUGGACACCCGUGCAGCUACACGACACGCCAGAUGCCUUCAUCUCUCACAUCAAGACCAGCAUUCCCUUUCGGCCCUCGGUCACAAUGACCUACCUGUUCCUCUCUCCCGCUAGCGCCCACCGCGCUGUCGGUGGUCCCAUCAUGUCGAUACAGAGGAGCUACACCAUGCACCACCGGAGCAGCUCCAAGUCAAGCUUGUCCAUGACCAACCGCCCCUUCCGGUCGCUGUAUGGUGGCCUGUUCUUAUCGGGAGCGGAAGCAAAACACUACGGUGAACUCUUUCGAAUGCAAGGGCUGUCCUUCACAGUCGAAGGCGUCGCGGGGGCAAAGGAACACCUGGCCGAAAACGUCGAGCGCGCGAGAGAAGUCGGGGACACCUUGGGCGUGCACUCGUCGCUCAUGCCCCUGGCGCUCUUGUCGGGAGUUAACGACGAGGGAGUCUCGGCGGGGUCGCAAGCGGUGGUCGACCUGUCGCGGGUAACGAAAAGCGCCGCAGCCCGCCACCGCUCCCGCCGAAACCUGUGCGAUCACAUCCUACUGAUACUGGGGAUGUUGGUGGGAUGGGUACGAGGUUCGCAGCCGAUCUUGAAGUGGGAGGGCGGUGGUGGUGUCAUCUACCUCGACGACGGGGACUCUCAGGACGACGAAAGCGACGGCCAGUGGCACCCCAAAACCCGGUGCGGUUCAUCGAAAGACCUCGUCCAGACUUGGCUUCGAACGACCCACCAAUUGUUCUGGGGGUGGAGGUGCGACUUGCUGCGAUAUCUGGACGAGGACCGCCACUCGGACGUUGUCGUUGUUAAGGACAAGGCGAGGGGCUGGAUGGAGGAGAUUUCCGAUGCCGCCCGAAUGGGGCUGAAGCUGCCGAUGCUGCGGUGGCACGAUCACGGCCGCACCAUCGCCGACGGAAAGAGUGGUUUCUUGAAGGCGGCCGCCUUGGUGCGGCGGCGUUUGUCGGAGGUGUGCGAUGGAGUGCACGAGCGGCAUCUCGAAGAGAAGCGAAAGAAAGGCGACGUUGCACCGCAAGGCGGGUGGCCGCACUUGCUGGGGUUCCAGCUUGCUAGUCACGGGGGUCACGCGCGGGAAACCGGGCUGUCCUUGCCGACAACUGCGGGCCUCUUGCAGUUGCAGCGAGGCUGGCUCGACGACGCCGUAGCGGCCGCGCAUGUUCGCGACAGCGAGGCGAUAAAAGAGAGUGGUGGCAAACGGAUCGUAGGCCGAAGGAAGAAAAAAACGACGGCUUCUUCAACGGCUGCGGCCGUUGAGGCCGCCUUGACCAGCGGGGUGCGUUAUGUCCCGGCUCCGGCUACGCCCGACUCGGCCAGGGCUCCGAAGGCCGUGGAGGUACGCCUGGCCGUUGUGGAAACCCUGCGGGAGGAUACCAUUCCGGAGGUCUUCGCCCACGAGAUCACCCUCAUGAAGUACGCGGCGGAUAACAGGAUAGACAAGUCCUUGCACGACAGCAUUAGCGAGGUGCUCACGUCGGUGCUUGCGCCAAACCCAUUCCCGGUGCUGACCGAUUCCCUUGCCGUGAGUUCCAUCUCGCAUGUGUUCCGGCGCACUGUCGAUUCCGAAGAAGACGCCAUCCAAUCAGGCGCGCCGAAGCUUGUCGUACACGCCGGUGAAGAAGAGGGCAGCCAGGUCUUCGUGGCUCACGGCACCCGGAACGGAAGCGCAAGUAUCUACGGGUCGAAGCCAGCGCUGGAAGACGUUGACGUGGAAGGCGCAUCGACCCUGUUUGGCGUCUUGCCGCCCAUUGCGGGAUGGGUGCUCGAUGGGCUAGGGGGCAGCUGGACGGAUGUCGAUGUCGGCAUCUCCGGGUUCGCACGGUAUCACGGGUCGCAGGCGGCGCACCACGCCGUCCCGUCGAAUGUGACGGUCAUGCUGGCGUGCGCGUGCAGCUUCGAUCUAGACUCGGGCACCACCCCAAUGGAAUACUUCACCCGCUGUGCCGUCCACUGCGCCUCGGCUGCGCACACGAACAACUCAGGGCUGUUAGUGGUCGGCCUCACCGCGCGGACGGCCCCCGAAGAUAACCUCGCCGCACCACCGUGGGAGGAAGCAGCAGCCCUUGACGCAGGGCAGUUCUUCUCCCUCAUGCAAAUAUUGGACGAUCCCGAAGAAGUGGAGGACGAGCUGGCGCACCUCCACCCCGGAGAGAUCGUCCUGGAGGCAUUUAUGCCCUUCCUCAUCCCGACUGCUGCUGCCAAAGAUUUCGUUGUCGUGCCACUAUCGAUCAGGUUUCUUCUCCUCACGUCCGAUCACGGGGACAGUGGUUGCAGCGAGGCUCUUGCAGCCGCCAUGUUCUACGACUGCGUGUACUCCACGGCCAAAGCGGCCGAACGUGCCGCUGCCCGACACUCUGCGGUGUUGAACGAAUCUGGUCUCCCCGCCGGAAGAAACUACGUGAAACGUACACGUCGAUUGGUGUUGGACAGGAUUGACAGGCGGGAGUACUUGGAGGCGUACCGGCUGGUCCACCAUCUCCGUGCUCUGCGGUCGGUUGAGUUACCGGAGGAAGACGCACAAAAAAGUGUCCCAGCAACAACACCUGAACCUGACAUCGGGGGGUCCAGUCAAAACGGAGAACACAACGAGUAUGUCUCCCGCAACAGAGCAUGGAAACUGCCGGAGGACAGCAUCCCACCACCAGACCCUGACGGCGAAGAGGCAGAGGCAAGGGCGAUCAGGCGUAUGCUCAGGGGUCCUUCGGGGCGGUUAGACCAUGCCCGCAGAUUGUUGGAUGUGCUGCGAAGGCUAGUCGAGAGGGAAAACUUGGCCCCAGAGACGAUAGGGCUGCUCGAGGAGGGGGAACUCCGGGAGCAUGCCGUGUACUGCACAUCGUACCUGUUGGAUACUCUUGCGGAACAGCCCCCGGUUAGGUUCGAGGGCGCGGUCGAGUCCAUCAAGCUGCGGGCACGAUUACUCUUGGACCGUGUUGUCGAGAUGGCGGGACCCCGGGGAGUGAGCAAAGGCGCGACUCGUGCAGCAGCAGCUGGGGCAGAUGCGACGAGGGAGGCGGCGUGCGACCUGGCCGCGGCUGUAACGUCCAUGCUGGACAUCGUGCAGCUCGCUGCGGAAUCUGACACCCACAGGUGCUGCCCCGAGAUGGAAAGAGCGAUAAAACGAUACCGAGCAACGGACAAGAGAAACGAGGAAGAGCUGCCACCACUGGGCACCAAGAGAAGCGGAAGGCGGCGAGCUGCAGCGAAGGCUGGCGGUACCUCGAAGAAAUCGGCAGGGAUCCGGGGUUCCAAGAAGUCUGGUAGUAUUAGUGAUGACCGACGUGGUCGCCGCAAAAUCCAAGGGUAA